AUUGAAUGGGUUUGUAGUGUAGGAACAGAAAUGAAAAGCACUCACAUCUCCCAUCCAGACGACAGAGCCUUCACGCAGACAGACAAACUGCCUCCUGAUGGAAGCAGAACACGAGGAUUCAAUUCUGAGUUGUCGAAACAAAACAACGAUUCAGGAAGCUCGUUACAGCGACUCCUCUUGUUACUUCCGUGUGGAUGACGCCUCGUGACCACGCCCACCAAGCAACUUCCGACCACUAAUCGUGGAGGGCGCAUGCGUCCAGUGAGCGCGCGGGAGAGAUCGAACAGCUCGAAUUAUGACAUCUGUGUGAAACUUGUUUAUAUCUACGGACUAUAACACGACACGGGAGGACGAAACACAAGAUCAGUCUGCACUGACAAGAUGGCGGAUGAUUUCAGCCAAUCCCUCACCCCGCCAGUAUCCCCCUUUGCAGCAGACAAUCUCUGUGAGCUGACCCCUGCCCAGCCGCCUUGUUUUUGCUGCUCUGAAACAAAAGAUGACCCUACUGGAGCACUAUCCACAGAGGGAUAUGCUGCUAGAGGCUCACUUAAGCGGCUGCUAUUGCAUCUUGACCCUGCCCCUGCAGAGUAUGAGACUGACACAGUGGAGAUUUUUGGUUUUCCCUGGGUAACAGAGACAGCACUGGUGGAAACAACCAAGGUUCUCUUUGGUCUGUUUAGACAAAAGGUUUACAGAUUGGAGACCUUGGUGCAGUCGAGUUCACAUGAUUUUGGUCAAGCUGGCAACCUCCACUAUGAAGCAGAAGACCUCAGGCAACAAUGUGUCUCAUUUCUGCAGUUUGUCAAAGUCUUUGUGUACAGAUAUCUGGAACCUUCCAGCUCCCUGGACACAUGUCCAUCUCACCCCUAUGAGGAACUGGAAGCUCAGCUCCCCUCUGCUCUUUUGGAGGAGCUGUUUGGCAUCACUCUCCUCAUAGGACGGCUCAAAGACCUGCCUGCCAACGUUCAGAGUGCCUUUACUAUAAAGAACCAAGGAAAGAUUUUUCCUCCCUCAUGGCAUUUGUUACACCUCCAUCUCGACAUCCACUGGUCAGUCUUGGAGAUCCUUCACCUACUUGGUUACAAGAUGCAAGGCCAGGUGGUGUAUGCCCACCAAUUUGUGAACCUGACAGGAGAGAACCUGACUGAUGCCAGUCUGUUUGAAGAACACCUGUGCAGUCUGUUGUGUGAUCUCACUGGUCUGGCCAUAGGCAAAUACAGCAAGGCAAGGCCUACAGAGGCUCUGAGCAGCCAUCACUACCUUUGCUCUUGCACCAAAGAACUGUGGGUCCUGCUCAUGCACCUUCUGGAGCACAGGAAUAAAGUAUUACACACACAGUCUUUUUGGAGCUACAUGAACUUGCUGUUGAGGCCGCUGGUGUCAGGGAAGCCUGCAGCAGAACAGUUCACUGGCCUCCCCACUCACUGUAAAGACCCUCUGGGAUUCACAUGGUGGCUGGUCACUCAUUUAGGAAUGUUAGGCCAGUACAGUCGCAAUGGAACCGCCCAGAAGGAGAAACAUCUGGAUGAUAACUGGACCUUUGUAGAAGAGUUGGUCAGGAUCACUGUCAAUCCUAAGGGAGGUCUAGCAGAGGAGCAGGUGAGGAUGCAUGUCCACUGCUGCCUCAGUCUCUGUCUACUGUGGGGGCCGAGUACCAGCGCCGUCUCGACUCUUUGGGACUACUACAGCCGGAAUCUGAACACCUCAUUCACUGUGCCCUGGCUUGGGAUGUCUGGCCUGGGCACCCUGUGCAAGACACCGCUGGCUCUGUCGGAGCAGGCCCGCAGCUGCUGCUCCCCCUCUACCCUCUAUUCCCCAGGACACACCCAGCUCUACCGCUCAGCCAACUCCUUCCACAUCUUUCUUCGAGUGUUGGCCCUGUGCCUUGGUCAGGAUAGGGCUGGUGGAGCCCCACAGAGACAGAUCAAAGGAAGGAUUUACUCCAGGUUCUCCUCAAAGAAGAUGCAGGAGUUGUCAGAGGCAGGCCUCAUGAACUUCCUGCUGCUGUUUCUGGUGGUGGCCCGACAGAUAGAGCUGGAAGAUGUGGCCAGCAGAGCCUGUGAGUUGCUGGGCUGCCUUCCCUCUAACUGCCCUCCUGUGCACCGUACCCUUGUCUGGAGAGGGCAGCUGUCAUUGUUGCUGUUGUUCCAGGAGAGGGGACUGGACGUUGGUGCCCAGGCUAGCUGGCUGGCUUCAUCCUUUAAUGACACUGCCAAAGAGUUCUACGACAAGACCACAGAAGUCUCCCGCAAACUUGCCCUCUGGGGGCCACUUGGCUCCUAUCUGGAUGGCGUGUCAGAGGUGUUUGAGAUGAGCACCAGUCUCAGCCUAUCAGAGGAGAAGUUACUAAACGGAGGGUUUGAUUGGUUGCUCCGUGCCUGCGGCCAGUCAGAGCUGAAUUCUGCCCUGGGAUUUCUGCAGUCUGUCCUCGCGCAGCUCAGACGUGUCCAUCAACGCGGUGUCCAGUCAGCACCCACCUUGGCCUGGGCUCAUGCCUCCACCAGUGUGGUGAAAGAGCGCCACCUAGCGGUAGCAGCGGCACUCUGGGCCCACUUCUUCCCCUUCCUGCGCAGCCUGCGCCUCUCACAGACUCCACCGGCACAGCUAGCAGAUGCUGCUGCAGGAUUCACUCUGCUCGCCUUUGAUUUGCCCAACUCUGCCCCCCAAGAUCUCCAGCCCAACCCAGUCCAGUCCAUUAUGCAAUGUUUUGCCUGGGACGACAUGGUUCAACCGUCACUGGUGACUCGCUACCUUCCCCAUCUGCUCCAAAACAGUGAGCUGGUCUCUUCACUAAGCAGUGAUUAUGGUGUUGGUGUUUCGGGUUCGGCGCAGAGCCUGUCGGUGAGGGCCUGGUUCAGAUGUGUUCUACAGCAGCACCUUUACAAGAACGCAGACGGGUCUGAAAGCAGAACAGGUCGCGCUGUGGAUGAGCAGUUGUGUGAGCUGACCCGGCUCGUGCUGAGGCUCCCCGAAGUGGACAGUCUUCUACAGAGAGCUGGCCUCCAGCCCACAGGCACCAAGCUUGAGUCCACUUCAGCCCUGGAGAUGUUUAUCAAGGCUGUAGGCCGCGUGUACAGUGGACUGCAGGUUUUGUCCGAGCGUUCAGCCAUGGUCACCAAAGCCCUGGACUACAUCGGAGACAUCAUGAAACACAUAAAACCUUCUUUGGUCAGCAAGAACCAAGAGGGACUGCAGCUGGCCUACUGGGCUGUGGGCUGCAUAGUGAAGCACUGGAGCCCCCUCCUGGCCACAUCAAAAGCUCAGCAGCUUCUGUUUCGUAUCGUGGAUGGGAUGCUGCUUCCACACAAUCUCACACAGCAGGACAGAGCCCUCAGGGAGAGCCUACCGCUCUAUCUACAGGGUUUGUCAGUGGCUUCCAGUGUGUCCCAGUCGCAGGGUGUCUACCUGAAGCAGCAGCUCCGCUCUGUUACUCGCAGAUAUCUGGAUCAUUUCCUUCCUGCCUCACCUUCCAUGGGCAUCAUCGCCAACCACCCAGUGCUUCUGAGUGCCUGCGAGGCCAGUUCAGUCACCCGGGGGGCAUCACUGAGGAGAACCAUCCUGGAGGUUCUUUGUGAGAGCUUCCUGCAGUUCAAAGGUUAUGCCCCUCCUCCUCGCCUGACAUCGACUCUGAUGUUCCUGUUGGAACUCCUGAGACGAAACAGUGACUCGGAACCCACCCUCCUUACUUUGCCCCUCCCCUCUCUGCUGCGCUGUGUAAUGCUGGUCAGUGACCCGCAGGUGAGGAAAAUAAGCACAGAUGCUUUACAGCUUGUGGUGGAGCGAUGCGCUGCUGCGUCUACAGACGGACCGUGUGACCAGAUGAUCGCUGUCUUACGGUCAUUUGUGGAGGAGAAUGAGGGAGUGUAUGACCGGCAGGUGUACAGUGCCCUGGAGAUAGUGGCUGUUUUAGAUCCCACUGUGGUCCAAGCUCUCGCUCCCAGCCUGUCUCUCAGCCUGAGAAACACCGAACACAAGAGAGGACUGGGCAAGAACACCGCCUUAAGGAGUGCAUAUAAGAAGUUGCUGUCACUGCUUGGGGAGAGAGGACAGGUUGAAAUAACCAGUUUGGAAGUGGACUAAAAUAAUUUUAGUUUUUACAAAAAAAGGAAGGGCAGCUGGCACCAGCUCAAAGAAAUGCUUGAUUUGUUAAUGAGAAAAGUGCAUUACAAUGAGGUGAGUGUUUUGCAAAAAUCAGAGAAUUUAGAGCAUCUCAUUACUGUGAUAAUUAAAACAACUAACUACUGAUAAACUACAC